GAGAGAGAGAGAGAGAGAUCGCCAUCUACUGAUAGUUAUGUUACUAAGGGAGGAUUCAUUCAUUCAUCUUCAGUAAAGGAGUUUAUCCUGGGAGCACUGUAUGGGAUGUCAGGCCAUCAAACGGCAUCACACACACACAUGUUCACACCUAGUGACAAUUUUUCAUUGCCUAUCCACCUACCAGUAUGUUUUAGGGAGGUAGGAGGAAAGCAACAUAUUUUUUUUUCUUCUUCUAAAAAUCACGUUUUCUUUUGUUAAAGCUAAAUGGCUGGAAAUUGCUAUUUACUUCAGUUUUUACUUCAGUUCGGACUGAUGGUUCUGCAGCACCAGUGUUUUCUGGAGCCACCAGCUUUGAAUGAACAGACGAAACACACACACACACACAGGGCCUGGUAAUUUAAGCCUCUUAACACUAAUGCAUGUGUUGCUGAGUGAGCACUGGACAAGAACAAAAUGGCUUCAGGAAAUUCAUCAGCAGUUUAGAACUAUGAAGAUUGAUAAUAUGUCCCAGUUUUGAUUUUGGCAGUGUGUUAAGAUAGAAUAGAGGGCAAAUACGUAACCGGUGCAAGUCCUUGGAAGUACAGUGAAUAGGAUAAAAUGGCAGAUGUGGUGGGUAUGUGGGAGGUGCCUCUCAGUGAUGGGAUUUACCAGAUUGAGUUUGAGCAUGGAACCACCACAGGGAAACGUGUUAUUUAUAUCAACGGAAAGGAGGUCCUCAGAAGAGACUGGAUGUUCAAACUGGUGGGCAAGGAAACAUUUCCUGUUGGACGUACAGGCGCAAAAGCUACUAUAAAUAUCGAAGCACUUACCGGCUUUACUUACGAGUACACUCUGGAAAUCAAUGGAAAGAGCCUCCAGACUUUUAUAGACAACUGGGCCAAAAUAUCCAUGACUUGGCUGCUGAAACUUGAUGGUGCUGACUGCAGGAUUGUUCUGGAGAAAGACACCAUGGAUGUAUGGUGCAAUGGUCAGAAGAUGGAAACCACGGGGGAGUUUACAGAUGACAGCACUGAAACACAUUUCGCAGUGGGAACACAUGAGUGCUGCAUAAAAGCCACUAGCAGUGCGAAAAAAAGAACUGGAGUAAUGCACACUCUGUUCGUGGAUGGGACAAAGGUCAUGUGAUCAAGAGGAAGUACCUGUUUCACUUUUGAGUACUUGAGGCCAAGGUGGAGAAGGAGCAGAGAGGCUACUUCCUUGUGCACAAGCACUUCUGAAUCGAACGUUAAGCUAAUAAGCUAUAGUCAGAGCGGCAUAUGCUUUGUCUGGGAGAAAACCAGUACAGAUUUCAGCCAAUUAAAUUCAUUUCAAUUCAAUAAAGACUGCAUUGUUUAUUCUA